CAGGUUUGGCAGCAAGGCCCUAUCCUUCAUCCACAGAGUCCUAGCACCUAAGACAGAAGAGACUCAAUGCAGAAAGAGUAGACAGACAACUCAGCAAGUACCGUGGGGUAAAUGCACAUCCACAGGGUGGCACAGCUGGCUUGCGAGUUUGAAAAGGGAAAACGCAUGAAAGAGGGCCGCAGGAUAGAUUGGGCUGCUGCAAGCCCUUAUCUUCCCGUAUCUUCGGCUUCUGCAGCUGCGAAGUUCGGCAAGGCAGCCUUGUCCUCCAGUGCAGUGUCACCUCCAGACAUGCCUGGUGGAGACAAAUGGAGCACAAGGAGCUCCCUGGUAUCGAGGAGCCCCCCCCCAGGUCCACAAAGGGUUUCAACAGGCCCAUUCCCAGUGGAUCGGAACACGGGACCCCAUGGGACCUCAGCUGGUGGUGGAAAGGAUGUAGGUAAUGGAGCAUGCGUAUGGAGAGUUGUCAAGCCUAACGACAAACCUAAUGACGGAACUCACAGUAGUCAUGCAACUAUGGCUACGAUGGGUAAUGGUAAUAAUUCAUUGCCUGUUUCGAGAGCUGGAGAAGGGUCCUCCUCCGGCAGCGCAACCGUCCCCGGCGAUUCAAGAACAAUAAACCUCUGUGGAGAUGUGUCGUCUCACAGGCCAACGUCAACGGACUGCAAUGGCACUCUUAGAGGUUCAGAAGGACACAGAUCACAAGUGGACAGUGAGCAUGAGCGUAGAAGGCAGCCACUAAAUGACAGAACUGUGAGAUCUGAACCAAGCUCCUCCAGCUCAGCCAAGAGUAGUGAAGACUCUAAAAAGCUGGAUUUGACAGAGUUGUUCCCUCAUCUGUUCCCAAAGGCACGGCCACCUCCCGAUGCAGUCCAGUCAGAGGGAUGUUAUCAGUCUUCUCAGGCAGCUUCAACAUCUGCACGUGUAGAUCAACGACUGACUUCGACUGUGGCGCAGACGUCAACACGAAUCUAUCAACAGUCUUCUCAAACUGCGGGGGAGCCGCAUGUUUCGGAUCGUUGGGGAGUUGCUGCUUUGUCGCCUCAUGCAGAGACACGCUGUCUGUCGAACGACAGCCACAGCAAAGGUUCUGGUUCCCUCGGCAGCGUAUCUGCGCAAGCUGGUGCACCUGGAAUAGCAGGUGGACCUGGAUUGUCGGCUUCCCCCCGUGGAGCUGCAGGGCCACCACUUCCGUCAACUGCAUCAUACAGGCGCCCUCCCAAGGGGAAGUACAAUCCCUUUGCAGUAGAGAAUCAGCGCACUUGCGCAGCACUAGGGCAACAGAACCAACCAAUAUCUCAUUCGCAAGAGCAUAGAGAUUCAGCGGAUGCAGGAGGAAGCAAACACACUUCGGGGAUGUUUCCGUGGCCAUACCGGGUGAUUUCAGGGGGCCAGAAUCACAGGGUGAGAGAGAGCAAGUCGUUGGAAUCUGCUGUGGUGGUUCAUUUACUACCCAGAUCAAUUGUUACUGUUCUUGAACAGGAUGGCCCAUGGAUGAGAGUUUCGAUGCCCGAGGCAGGGCAAGGCUGGACUCUUGCAUGGCAUCAGGGGGAGCAGUAUCUUGAGAGGAUGAACGAUGUGACCGGCAACUCCGUGCGCACCGGACCCAAUGGUGUGACCACUCAAGGUGCGUCUUCACUCCCUUCGGGGUCGAAGUCAGCGAGUCCGAAUGGGGACCUCGGGAGAGCUGUCUCUUCAGCAGAUGAUGUUAGCCAAGCCGUUCCGCAGGAUACUCUUACGCAUGAGCUGUGCAAUGUGUGCAUGCGGCGCCGAGCAGACUUCGUUCUCCUUGAUUGCAAGCAUUUGGGACCUUGUUAUACUUGUCAGUCGACAAAGCCAGUUGUGCGAUGCCCGCGUGCAAAUUGUGGCAUGCCAGUGAAGUCUGCAAUACGUGUCUUUCGGUGAAAUGGUAACUGUAAGCGAGGAGGGCCAAAAAAAAAAAAAAAAAAAAAAAAAAAAAGCGAGGAGGGCCAAUAUGUUGGCUAGGGGAGAAAAACACAAGCCGGGGGGGGGUUGGAGAGGCAGGCAAAGGGGUCACAAGCCUGUCUCUUAUACACAUCUAGAUGUGUAUAAGAGACAGGCUGAAGGCUUGGCGAG